ACCCAGACCAGAAUCUUAUCUCUAGAAAAAUCACCAGGCAGCAAGCUGCCAAAGGGGGAGUUCACCCACCCAUCACAGAUGCCUCCAGAAACCUGUUCUUUAUUAGUUCAGCGUGCCACCUCUGUUGGAAUGGGGAGUUUCUUAAACUUUCUAACUUCCCUGUCAGGGAGUUCUUUUGGUUUGUUUUUUACUUUUUCCCUCUAACUGCCCUUUUUGAGUAUCUUGGACCAGCCAAGCCACACCCAUUAGCCAUUCUCCAUUUCCGGACACAAAGCCUGGUUUGCAGAAGGUAGUGACCCAUGUCUAUCGGCUGAAUGAAGGAAUAGGAAGAAAGUCAAGGAGAAUUCCUCAAAAGGUAGUUACGGCGAGCAGGGAGAAAACAUCGAAUCCGCCCGGUGGGUGUUUCCCCAAGCCCGGCAGCCUGGAGCACGCCGUCUGCCCCCAAGCUGCUCAGCUCCCUGGGGAGAUGGCAGGAGGAUGUAUUAAGUAUUGCAACCUAAGACUCAGAAAAACACAAAACCCGGUUCCACGCGGUGCUUUAGUGGCUAAAAGUGAAAGAGCUGCCUUGGCAGAAUUCAGCUCUAUGAAUCGCUUCGGAAAAUUGGUUCGACUGAAUGGCCUUAGGAGGAAAAACGUUUUAAUAGGAUCCAGGGGAGGUUCUGCUGUUUCAAUCUGCUCCUUAAACAGGUGGAGAUUGGACCUUCUCAAUUAUACAAACAGGGAGCGCGGGCGCCAGUUGCCUCCUUUUAAAGUUUGAGGGGCGGUGGCGGCGGCGGCCGGCAGGCGCGGGGGAACACAGGGGCCGCUACGGGAGCCGCGCCGCCGCCCAUGUCAUUCCACUUCAAGUGACUUCAUGUGAUGUCAGCUGAAUGUAAAAGACAGUGAUCUCACGCGGAGGGGAAGAUGUUUGCCAUCAAAAUGUGACAGAGGAGACACGCUGCAUGGCUCGGAACGCAUCUCCUUGGCGGUGGGGGAAAGAGACUUAGAGAAGAGAGGCUGCGCCCCGGCCCAGUCCAGCACGGCAAGGCUCGGCUCGGCGGGCCAUGGCCAGCUCGGCUUCCCUGGAGACCAUGGUGCCCCCGGCCUGCCCGCGCGCUGGAGCGUCGCCGGCCACUUCCAAGACGCUGGCCUUCUCCAUCGAGCGCAUCAUGGCUAAGACGUCGGAGCCCCGUGCGCCCUUUGAGCCCCGGCCCGGGACGCUGGAGGCAGACGGUGGCCAGGGCAAGAAAUUGCUCAACCUCUGCUCGCCGCUGCCCUGUAUGAUCCCCCUCCAGCCCCUAGGCUACGAGGUGCCGUCCAAGACGCUGCUCAGUUACUCGGAGCUCUGGAAAAGCAGCCUCCGGGCGGGCGGCGGUGGAGGAGGAGGAGGAGGAGGCGGUGGCGGUGGCGGGGGGGCCCCGGUGUGCGGCGCCAGCGGCUUGUGCAAAACCAACUGUGGCGUGUGCUGCAAGGCCGAUCUGGGCCUGGCGCCGUCUGCGCUGCCGGCGGGCAGGGUCAUCAAGCCGCAGGUCAUCAACCAGGCGGUGGGGCUGCCGGCCAGCGGCUCGCUCUACUACUUCAACUACCUGGACUCUGCCGCGUACCCGCCGUCUGAGCUCCUCGGAGGCCACCUCUUCCCAUCCGGCCUCCUCAACGCACAGGCCCCCGCCGCCCUAGCUGCGCACCCCAAACUCUUUUUGCUGGAGAACGCCAAGUUGGCCGGCCUGGCCGCGGACAAGUUCCCCCAUCCGUCCCCCUAUACCCAUAAGGAGCGCUUGCCCGCGCCGCUGGAGCAGGUGCUGAAGGAGAACUCGGCUCUGACCGCAGAGCGCGGAGGCGUCAAGGGCCACAGCAAGCUGCCCGGGGGCUCUGCGGACGGCAAGCCCAAAAACUUCACCUGCGAGGUGUGCGGCAAGGUGUUUAAUGCUCACUAUAACCUCACCCGCCACAUGCCGGUCCACACCGGAGCCAGACCGUUCGUGUGCAAAGUCUGCGGCAAAGGCUUCCGCCAGGCCAGCACGCUCUGCAGACACAAAAUUAUCCACACCCAGGAAAAGCCGCAUAAAUGCAACCAGUGCGGCAAAGCCUUCAACCGCAGUUCCACGCUCAACACGCACAUCCGCAUCCACGCGGGCUACAAGCCCUUCGUCUGCGAAUUUUGCGGCAAAGGCUUUCACCAAAAAGGGAACUACAAGAACCACAAGCUGACCCACAGCGGCGAGAAGCAGUACAAAUGCACCAUCUGCAACAAGGCCUUUCACCAGGUCUACAACCUGACCUUCCACAUGCACACCCACAACGACAAGAAGCCUUUCACGUGCGCCACUUGCGGCAAAGGGUUUUGCAGAAACUUUGACUUAAAGAAACACGUGCGCAAACUCCACGACAGCGUGGGGCCUGCUGCCCCCUCCACAAAGGACCUGACUCGGACAGUGCAGAGCUGAGAGCUACUGCCUCGCCCUCCCUUCCAGCCCCGUCCAGCCCCCAAACAGAUCACACGUAUAAACUUAUUUCUAAAAUUAAAAGAAAAUAAAAAAAAAACUAUAGCAGAGAGGCUAAAAUCUAUUUAUCGAAACCAGCAUAUUUUUUGGAAAGCUAAACGUUUCCUCGAUGACUGGCAGCAAACGCGUGGCUCCCACCUUUGUGUAUUCGGGAAACUUAUUUAAACCCAGUGCGCUGAAACGCAUUUCCUCCCAGGCCUCCGCUUCUCCUCGGGCGGCGGGUUUUCACCCCAGCCUGUCACGUGAACGCCCCGGAAGAGCGCGGCGCCCCCAGCCAUCUUUAUACAGCCAUGUAAAUCCUCCUGUUACAAGCGAACUCGGAAUAUAUACAUGUCUAACACAAUAAA